CGAUACUAUUGUGUAUUACAAACCAUUAGAACAAGAUGUCAUCAAAGUCCACAAGUGAAAACCAAAAUGAUAGGGAUGCAGCUGCUGAGCAAUUGAGCAACUGGUACAAACAAAAUAAGGGAAAAAUAGGUUAUUCCACCGACAAUGCAGCCAUUCAGUUAGUAUACAAAGACGCGAGUCUCACUGCAGGAAAAUAUGGGCCAAUUGUUUUGAGAGAUUACCAGCUGAUUCAACAGCUCCAAGAUUUCGAUAGAGAAAGAAUCCCCGAGAGAGUGGUACAUGCAAAAGGAGCAGCUGCAUUUGGGUAUUUCGAGUGUACUAAAGAACUCAGCAAUUUAACGGUAUCCAAGGUAUUUGAGAAAGUCGGCAAAAGAACACCAAUAGCUGCGCGUUUUUCACAAGUAGCAGGAAAUUUGGGAUCGGCCGAUAGCGUCAGGGAUCCAAGAGGUUUUGCUCUCAAAUUCUACACAGAAGAAGGUAACUGGGACCUGGUAGGAAACAAUACACCCAUAUUCUUCAUGAGAGAUCCAAUCCUCUUCCCGAUGUUCAUUCACAGUCAAAAAAAAAAUCCAGUAACUAACCUGAGAGAUUGGGACAUGUUCUGGGACUUCUUUAGUAAAAGACCGGAAAGCGUUCACCAAUUCAUGUUUUUGUUUGCCGACAGAGGUAUACCGGACGGACACAGACACCAACACGGUUUUGGUUCUCAUACGUUCUCUAUGAUUGGACCUAAUCAAAAGUUGACUUGGGUGAAGUUUAUUUAUAAAACCGAUCAAGGAAUCAAGAAUUUAGAUGCGAAACAAGCAGAACUUCUGGCCGGCCAAGAUCCGGACUACGCCGUGCGCGACCUCUAUAACGCCAUCGAAGACGGGAAAUCAACAGGCAAAUACCCGUCAUGGACGUUCUACAUUCAAACGAUGACCCCAGAUCAGGCCAAGCAAGUCAAAUUCAAUCCGUUCGAUAUAACCAAAGUUUGGCCGCACGCCCAAUUCCCGCUGCAACAAGUCGGAAAAUUCGUCUUGAACAAAAACCCAUCCAACUUUUUCGCCGAAGUUGAACAAUUGGCGUUCAGCCCCAGCAAUUUUACACCUGGUUUUGGACCUUCACCUGACAGGUUACUUCAAGGAAGAAUAUUUAGUUAUCCUGACACUCAUUUACACCGUUUGGGAACGAAUUAUCAACAAUUGCCUGUGAAUCGUCCGUUGCCAAAGGUGUCAAACUUCCAACGGGACGGAGAAUCGGUACUGUACAACCAAAACGGUGCUCCCAAUUACCACCCCAACAGCUUCGGAGGGCCCGAAGUGAAUCCGGAAGCUGAAAGCUGGGUGAAUCCCCCCGAAUCUGUCGACAGCAAAGUGGAUUACUACGAUUUGCGUGACGAUGACAAUUACACCCAGCCGAGAGUAUUUUGGAACAAAGUUUUAGACGAGCCGGCUAAGCAGAGGUUAGUCGACAACGUCGCCGGGGCUCUAUCGAAAGCCAAUCCGGAUAUACAGAAAGCAGCCUUGAAGGUUUUCAAAAAUGUCGACGGAACUUUGGGACAGAGAAUUGGACAAAAGUUGUCGUCUGUUCAUGUUAACUUGUAAAAUUAAACAUGGGUUAUAGUAAAAUGUAGUGCUUUUAGAAUAGUUGCUUUUUUUUCAAUCUAAUAUUUGCUAUACGAAAUAUAUUGUAUUAACCCUUCUGUUUAUUAAAAUAAAUUAAUUGAAGUA